AUCAGUUUUGAUCGAUGUUUCGUGUUUCAGAGAUAUUUAGUUUGAUUCAUCGUUUUACUAAACUCACUGCUUAUUUCGCUAUCUAUUUCUUCUUAUACUUGUAAAUUUAUUCUUUAUUAUUUCAUUCUUUUUUUUUUUAUCAAGUUUUUUCCACUUAAACCCUUUUCUUUUUUUGGAUCAACAAGAGAUUUUUAUUCUUUUGUUCCUUAAAAACACUCAAAGAUGAAAGGUGCACAGAAUCACAGAUACUCUUCAAUGACCAUUCUCACAAGACUCUCCAAUGUCGUCCAACUCCAUUUCAUCAACAUGCUCACCUAUUUACUCCUCUUCGGUUGUGGUUUAACCUUUGGAAUAAUCAUCACUACUUACAUGAAAGAAUUCUCAUUCAAUCUCCAAUUCACACAGUUCUCAAUCUCAACUUCUUCGCCAUUAUCACCAUCCUUACCAACACCAACAACAACCUCUUCUUUUUCCUCUUCAUCAUUCGAUCAAAACUCAACUCAAGUUCCUCUGAUCGGAAAUAAUGACACGAAAGAAGCUGAAACCACCACAAAGCCUAACAUCACUCGUCGAAUAGGAUUGGAUGAUUACUUGGUGCCGCCGAGUGUCGCACACGACAUGACCGACGAAGAGUUGUUGUGGAGAGCUUCCAUGGCUCCAAGGAUUCCAACAUAUCCAUUCGACAGAGUUCCCAAGGUUGCUUUCAUGUUCUUGACAAGAGGACCUGUUUUCAUGGCUCCAUUUUGGGAUACCUUCUUUCAAGGCCAUGAAGGGUUUUACUCAAUUUAUGUUCAUUCCAAUCCCUCUUACAAUGGAUCAGCUCCUGAAGAUUCUGCCUUUUUUGGCCGUAGAAUUCCCAGUAAGGAAGUGGGAUGGGGAAAGGUGAGCAUGAUCGAAGCCGAGCGGCGUCUACUAGCCAACGCACUACUCGACGUUUCGAACCAACGUUUCGUGCUGCUCUCGGAGGCUUGUAUACCACUCUACGACUUCAAAACAGUCUACAAUUACCUCAUAAACGCCAAGAAAAACCACGUCAUGGCCUACGACGAGCCCGGGGCAGUCGGAAGAGGCCGAUAUAAUUACCACAUGUACCCAGAAAUCUCUUUGAAGCAGUGGAGAAAAGGGUCUCAGUGGUUCGAAAUGGGCCGAGAUUUGGCCAUUGAAGUUGUCUCGGACAAAGUUUACUUUCCCAUUUUCCAAAAGUACUGCCGAGGCUCUUGCUAUGCCGACGAGCAUUAUCUUCCUACGUUUGUGAGUAUCAAGUUUUGGGAAGGCAAUUCCAACAGGAGUUUGACUUGGGUUGACUGGUCAAAGGGUGGUCCACACCCUGCUAGGUUCUGGAGGACUGAUGUCACGGUUGAGCUUUUGAGGGGUUUGAGGAAUAAUAAUACUAAUUGUGAGUAUAAUGACAAUGGCACCAAUCUUUGCUUCUUGUUUGCUAGGAAGUUCUUGCCUAGUACUGUCGAUCGGCUUGUCAAGUUUGGCCCCAAGAUUAUGCAUUUCCAUUAAGAUUUUGGAUUACAAUUUAAAAAGAAGAAGAAGAAGAAAAAGUUUUGGAUGCACAAAUCAGAGUGAUCAUUGUACUUAUAUUGGUGGUUCAUUUGUUUAUUUAUUUGUAUAUGAAAGAAAAGUGCUCUACAUUGUUAAUAAACUAAUGGUUUUGUUUAAAGGGUUUUUCUUUUCAAUGGUUUAAUUUUUCAUAUGGGAAAAAAAAAUGUUAAAGUACUCUCACCAAUCUCACCAAAAAUUCAUUUUUUUUUACAAUUUAUGUUAAAUUUUAAUAAUAGUUUCUCUAUUUAUUUUUA